GACGGCGGAGUGAGAGGCGCGCAGCGGGAGAGAAGUUACCGCUUCUGCUCCUUUUAACGGCAGGUGAUUCCUGGAGCCAGCUGUCCUCCAACAUGAGGGUCUCUGAUUGAAACAGAGCACGCUCUGUGUUCUCCUGUAAGCUGCCAGCUACCAGCUGUCCUAACCAUGCCUGAAGAUUAGAGCACCUCUCCUUGCUAAUAUCAUAAAAACAUAAUACAAAAAAAUUCUACAUGCACCUUCAUGUAGGCCUCCCCUUGUCCGUCCAACUGGAGUGAGUCCUCUCCCCUUCAGGCUUCCAUCCGCCCCCUCUCGAACCUACCCGAGAGAAUGCCCUUGCACUUAAGAAUGGCUCCCACCUAGAGUUCCAUGCGUCCAGUCAGCGGAGAGUCGUCCGGUCCUGCCCCCCCUGAGAGCGUAUUGCGGCCCUACCCCGUGCUGGGUUCGCUGCCCCCCUCGGAGAUGUCCCUGCUGCAGUCUCUGGGCCCAGUGCAGAGCUGGCUGGGCCAGGAGCUGGAGAAAUGUGGCAUAGACGCGAUGAUCUACACCCGAUACGUCCUCAGCCUCCUGCUGCAUGACAGCUACGACUAUGACCUGCAGGACCAGGAGAACGACAUCUUCCUGGGUUGGGAAAAGGGAGCAGGGAAGAAAUGGGGGAAGAGCAGGAGGAAGGGCGGGACGGACCUUAGUCUGGAGGAGAUGAAGAAGCAAGCCGCUGUACAAUGCCUGCGUUCUGCCUCAGACGAAAACUCUGGAAUCGAAAGCUUGGUUGAGGAGCUUUGCUCCAAACUGAAGGACAUUCAGAAUAAACAAAAAGAAAAGGAAAAGCAAGCAACUAAGAAGUCUGAUGAAUCUCGGUCUCCUGAAUUAGCUGAAUCACCAUCCUCUAAAGACCAGGUGGAAAUGUACUAUGAAGCCUUUCCACCACUCUCAGAAAAACCUGUUUGUCUUCAAGAGAUAAUGACAGUGUGGAACAAGGCUAAAGCAUGCACAUAUUCCAGCUCAUCCUCAUCUGCUGCCCCUCAGACAAGCACAGACACAUCCUCCCCAAAAGACUGCACCAGUGAAGGUGAAGUCUUCAAGGACAAAACGCCUGAUGCAUUGAGUACCACCACAGCUAAUGAGAAGGCCCAGCAGCGGCGCAGCAAGAAAGAAAAGGAGAACCGAUACCAUGGGGGUGCAAGUGGGGUGUCUGAUGAUCAGGCUGCUUCCCAGAACAAGAGGCAGGCCAGAAACCGAUCUGAUUUGGGGCACCGUCCCCGAUCCUGGUCCUCUGGCUCCAGUGAGGGUGGCUCAAGCUCCAGUGGUAACCAAGGUGAUGCAAAAACGUCUAAUAGCAAAGGAGUCCGGAUCAGACACAAGUCUCGUGAGGUUGGCAGCAGAAGCAAAAAGGGGCGCAACAGUGGGCAAGUUAAGCUGGCCCUUAAGGCUAUUGACAAAGAAGAGCGUAGAAACACAGGUAGCAGUUGCAGUGCCACCGAAGGCUCUUCAAAGCAACAGCAGCACUACAUGAAAAAAGGCAAGAGGCCAUUAAGGGAGAUUCGGAAAGAUCCCACCUGGGCUGAGGCGAAGGAGUCUGGAGGUGAGGCUAGUAACAAUAAGGAAUAUAUGGAAGAACCCCUUUGGUACACUGAGCCCAUCUCCGAGUAUUUCGUCCCCUUCAGCCAGAGUAAACUUGAGACAAAGUACCGAAGCAAACCAGACUCCCCCAGUGACCUGGCUUCGUCCACUGAUAUGGACUAUCUGUCAGAGAGGGUGCAAGGGAUCUGCAUCGCCAACUCUUUUUUUCAAAGGGCAUACCUUGCAGCAGGUACAUUUGUGGAUGGGCACUUCGUUGAAGUGUCUGGUGAAGGAAAUGAGGAGGCCACUGAACUGAACGGGACCUCAAGCUGCCCUCCUCCUGAGGAUGGUCAAGAUUUAGAUGACGAGCAUCUGUCUGAAUUCACUCACUUCUAUGAAGUUGAUAUAUAUCAAUCCAUAUUGGAUCCUAGUGCCUCAGAUGCAGUACAAGAGAGCCGAAUCUUAAACAUGAUUCGGCAAAAGAGCAGCGAGCCGAGAGACAUUGAAACAGGGUGUCACAUAGUUUUAGAUGGCCUUGAGCUGCAAGGGGAAAGUGCAAUAACGGUGGAUUCUCUGGGAGCUUUGGGAGCUGACGUGACCCUCACGCAAGAUAUGAAAAACAUAGCUCAUGUGUGGGAGUGCUGCUCAUCUUCUAGUUCUGAGGAUUUGGAAGGAGAAAGCUGUGCAGGUGACUCUCCAGGUAGACUCUCCCCAGUGUUGGGCAGUGUGCCAUUUAACAUUAACAGGCUUCCUGGGGCUCUCGGGGAACCUCACCUUCAAGAAGCCAGUGGAAGCACGUCUGCCCUAAACUCCUGCUUCUCGCUCUUUGAAUUGCAGUGCGAUAGCUCUGCUUUCCCCUUUCCCUGUGACUCGCUUACACCGAGUCGUGACGAUGUAGAUUUAAGUAGCUGUCUAGAUCCCCUUGGAAACAAACAGUCCCGUUUGCUAAUUUGGACCAAAAACAGUGCCUUUGAUGAAACUGAACACUGCUCUAACCUGUCGACAAGGACCUGUAGUCCAUGGUCCCACUCGGAGGAGACGCGCUCAGACAGCGAGCAAAUUGGUGCUCAGGUGGAUGAGUUGGCUCAGUUUGGCAGCGAGGAGGUCAGCUGCAUAAUUCCUCCAAUCCCAGCUUCAUAUCUGGAGGAAGAAAUUCUUGAUUUUUUGCAGGAGAACCCAAGUCACCAGCAAGACGAAAUGAGUGUAGGCACAGUGUCCAACCAGACCUUCAACAAGGUGUCUAAACUGGAGUCUGUUUGUGGAAUAGCAUUAGAGCAGGAUGAGAGCAAACAGUACAACACUGCUUUGUUUUCAGAUGAUGCAAACCAACAAAGUGAUGAUUACAGCUCAGGAAUAAUAAAAGACAUUUGGAUGGCUAUUGGAGACAGAGAUUGUGUGUUAGCACUUGGAGUGGAGAAAGCAAGUGAGAACUUGUUUUCAGAGGAGACGCCCAGCUACCAGUGCUGCUGUCUCGAUGUUGAGGUGAAGGGCGAACCUGUCCAGAAGAAGGCUGUGCAGCGUUCAGAGUACCACCUGUGGGAGAGUCAGAAAGAGGACCAAGGACUGGCCAAAAAUAAAGUCUCCAAGAUAGAUGGAGGGGAUUAUACAACACCUGCUAGACCUUGGGAUGUUCCCUCGGAGAAGGACAGCACGUCGUUUAUUCUUGGAGGAGUAUACGGGGAGCUGAAGACCCUAAGCAAUGACAAGGAAUGGACUGUGGUUCCGCCUGGUGACACUUGUGGCAGCUUGUUGCAGUGUGCAGCAGCCUCCUCUGAUGUGGUAACCAUUGCAGGGACAGAUGUGUUCAUGAACACAGGCAGUUGCUUUGCUCCUGGCCAUAAGCCUCUCUGGAGACCUUUGGUGUCCUUUGGACAGAAUGAUCAGGCAACCAAAGGGGCAGGAGAUGGGCUGAAUAAGGGAUUUUCUGUUAUCUUCCAUGAAGAUUUACUUGGAUCCUGCGGAGGCUACUGUGGAGAGGAGCAAGGACUGGAUUACCCGUUUUCGUCCUUGGAUCUGAAUAACCCCUUUUCUCAAGUCCUGCAUGUGGAAUGCUCCUUUGAACCUGAGGACAUGGCUUCGUUCAGCCCAGGGUUUAAGCCGAAGUCUAUAUUGUGCUCGGAGUCGGACAACGAGCCCUUCUGUCCACGGUUGUACGGCAUCAACCGUACUCAGUAUCGGGCCAUCCGCAUAUCCCCGAGGACGCACUUUCGGCCCAUAUCUGCCUCUGAACUGUCUCCAGGUUGGUGCAGCGUGUCAGACGCAGAGUCUGAAAAAGAGGAAAUGAGUCUUCCCAUUCCAGGUCAGACAGACCCCUUUGAUGAUCCACAGGCAGAUCUUAAACCCCUGGAGGAGGAUGCAGAGUGCGAGGGCCCUUACUAUGGGAAGUCUGAACUGGAAUCUGGUAAAUUCUUACCCAGAUUAAAGAAGUCUGGCAUGGAGAAGAGUGCCCAGACUUCACUGGAUUCACAGGAAGGCGGGGGUAUAUCCCUGCCAACUGCAGAACAGGAGAUUUGCUUAGACUGUGAAAUUGCAGGCGUAUCUGCAGCAGUGUCCGAGGCGAGCGCUCAUGUCGAAGUGCCGGCGGAUACGCUUCAGAAAGAGGAGCCCUGCACAGAACGCGAGGCUUGCAUGUGCGACGGGACGAGCCAGAUUCUAGAAUUCGGAAAACCGUAUGAUAUGGUUCAAGAGUUGCAUGAGUUUCCCCUGUUGAGUUUUGGAGAGCAGAGUGUGAGGAGUAGCCAGCCGGAGGAGUGCUGGUGGCAGAACACUCUCUGCUCAUCCAUGUUUUCAGGGUCUCAGUGCACAGGAAGCAGUAACAUAUGACUUUGCUGCUCAACACAGAGGCAUGGCAACGCAGAACCGAGCUGAAAUGCUUCAGCCGUUUGCUUUCUCCUCCUCUGCGUCCAGUUUUUUUCACGUGAACCCAGCGGAGGAGGAGGAGCAAGAGCAGGGCCUUCAUCAGAACAGCAGACCCCUGGGCCCGCAGCAUCCAGAGAAAGGCCUCCUCAGCCGACCCCCCCCUUUGAUACUCGUUCAGUUUGAGUUCACCUCAGCCCUCUGUCAGCACCAUCAACCAAAAAAAACUAAAAGAAUGGGGGGAGCUGCCUACCGAUGUUCUAUCUGAGGGCAUUUAUUCUAGAUUUGUUUGAAGUCUGUGUAUUCCAACGUUAAUCCAUUUUGAUGACAAAAAAGUCAGUUAGGUGAUAAGAAUGAUCUUUAGUUGACAGUACAGAGUCAGGUGAUAACAGUGAUCUUCUACUUGAACCCCAUGUAAGGUUUCUUGCUAAUCUUUUUAUUUUUUUCUUUUGUUUGACCUAGGAUAACUAGAGCUGUGGUGUCCCACUGAUUGUGCAUGUGGCUGUCACGCUAGUUCUCACUCCUAACAGUGUAACUGCUCUAUGACCUAACCGUAACGUCCACCAAAAACAAGGUCGCAAAAAAAAAAGCCCCAUGACCUCAUCCUCUCGUUUUCGUCUUUACUCCCGUAGUAGCGGCGGUUCCUUUUCUUUUCUCCGUAACGCGUAGAGCGUAGCAACGAGUCGAGGCGUGGCAUUCCUUCCAUCGAACGAGUGACCCUUCGAAUGCAGCCGGUUUGACGGUCUGUCCUAUGAAAUAUCUUCCCAUCUUCCAUCUUUUUUUGAAAGAUAUUUUUCCA